AUGACAGUUCAGAGUUCACUGUCUAAACAUGUUUUGCUUCGACACAAACAUUCACUACAUUUGUGAUUGCGACGUAAAAGUGUGUCAAAACAAAACAUUGAAAUAAUUUCUGUUCUAAACAAACUGGUGAAAUUGUUAAACAAUAUUUGAUAUUAUUAGACAAAGCUAAGUAAACCGCAGUAGUUGAAUUCCAAUUAACUUCAGUUGGUGUACGAUUUUGUGGUGGACAAAUUGCCGGCAAAAACAUGGCCAAACAGGUGAAGCACGAUAAAUAUUGUUGGCGUUGUUGUGAUAAAGAUACAACAUUGGAAUGCUCAAGUUGUCAGCGAUCAUUCCAUCUCAAGUGUCUGAAAAACCAACAACAAAAUAUUGAUGACAAGGAAAUCUGGCGGUGUCCCGUUUGCGUCCGAUUGGACGUCGUAAACGAAGACCGUUUGGACAUGUUGCCAAUAAUGAUCAGCCGAGCAUUCAAACAAAAGAAGUUUGACUUGUUGAAGCAUCCUCUGAAAAAUGCAGAAGAUAACUCAAAAACCGAUGAGUUGGUGAAUCUGAUGGACCUAACGAAGAUCAAGGACACAAUUGGCACUUACACCAGCUUCUUGGGGCUCAUCGCUGAUGCUCGGUGGAUCGUUCAUAAUUCUUGGGUUCUGUUUCAGGGGGAUCACCAAACGGUAAAAAUUGCUGAGGAAUUGGUGGAAUUCCUAAAAAUGCAGAUUAAAAGCGUGAAAAUGUGUGCUGAUUGCUAUUUGAACAAAAGUAAACAUCCAGACAGCGGUUUCACAAUGGUGUGUACGAAGCCACACCUCCUUCUUUGGGCUAAAGUGAGCGGAUGGGACUACUGGCCAGCGAAGUAUAUGUCAACUGAUGGGCAAACAGUUAACGUACGAUUUUUCGGCGAUGAAACAGAAGCAGACGUUCCAGCAGAAAGCUGCUUUCUUUACUCGGAAACCAGUCCAACAAGACCAACAAAACAAAAACGAGAGCCCAAAAAAUUCAAAGAGGCUUUGAAGGAUGCAAAGAAGUACAUAAAAAACAUUCGCAAAAAAUUCGGUGCAUAUCAUCUCGUUGAAACUAAAACUCCAUUCGACCCAACGAUGUUGAAUCGUUACCUUUUGGAUUCGAUUCCGGGAUAUGCAAACUCUCAAGAUCCUUCACAGGACAACACAGACCGCAAGCCUGAUGCACUUCCCAAUGUUGCCACCGAAGAUCAAAAUCGCGCUGAUGAUGAAGCACAGCCAAUUCAAGACAACGUGCAAAAGGAUAAGACAUGGAAUCUUUACUAUGAUUCGGAUGGAUCGGCUGAUGCCGAGUCGGAAAUUGGUGAGCUGUCGGAGCAAGGCAACAAACCCGAAUCGAAGGAUGAUUAUGAGCCAAUGAGGAAAAAAUUUCGAUUCUCUGACGAUAAAGAAGGCGAACCCUCCGAGAAAAAGCUGGUUACCGAGCCUAAUGUUGGAAGAGUUUACCACUCAAUCGAUCUUGAUUCAAUUGUUCAAGUUCUUGCCGAAGAACCGAAAAAUGCCGUUGCACAACCCAUUGCAAAAGUGUUUGCUAACAUUACUAACGCAACCUGGAACGUGGCCAAAUGUCGAGAAGUCAUGGCGGAGAGCACCAAAGCUUUCGAACAUGUGUGUGGCCUGAACACAAAAUUGGAAGAGGAAUUGAAAAAUUUGGCCGCCAAUUACGAAAGACAGCUCAAAGAUGCGGAAGAACGUAAUCAAAAGUUGAUGACUGCUCAUGAUGAAAAAGAGAAUGGCGCCAAGAAAUUAACCGAUGAGCUGACGAUGAAAGUUGGUCAACUAGAGGCAUCUAAUAGAGAAAAGACGUCAGCACACAACAAAAUGGUGUCCGAAUACAACCAAAUGAUCGCAAAAAAAGACGAAGAAAGAUUGAAGGAUGUCAAUGAAGCCAAGAAACAGUGCAAAAAAGACUAUGCACGCCGUUUGGAAGCCAACAAAAAGAUGAAAUUCUGCGCGGCCUGUGACACCAACAAACCACAAGAUACGUUCUACUUUUGCAAUACGGAAUGCCAGAAAAGUUACUGGAUGCAGAUGGACAAGUAAGCAGGUGGGCAAUUUCUCGAAGCAGCAACAAAGUUCAACUGAACAGGAAUUUCCGUAGCGAAGUUCUUUUUCCUCUGAAAUGUCCUGUCAACAUUUGUUGUUGAUUCAAUCAAUACUAAAAUUAGUGUAAGUGGACAGUAGUACACGGUGCUACUAGCACAGGAAAUGAAAAAUAGAUUUUUAAGCAAACAUUCACGUUUAAUUCGAAUUAGGAAUCAUGACAAAUUGUUAUCUUCAACUGAACCGUCUAUUGGAAAUCAUUUUGAAAAUGAUUUUCGGAUUAAAAAUCGGCCAAUGAACAAAUGAAGAUAAAAUAAUGGCCAUUGACCCAAAUAAAGAUAAAAUAAAGGCUAUUGACAAUAGAUCUACUUUAAGUGCUAAACAUGAACAUACUCAUUUUGUAUUAAAAAAUUUUUUUACUGAUAAAGAAUAAAAAUAAAAUUAAUUUUGAACUUGGAAUAAAAAAA